CUCUACCAUCCCCUCUAUCGUCCUCUCUCAGACAGCACACACUCCUCUACUCCAAAGACUUAUUCUACAGUUUCUACAAUCUCGCAUACAGCAACGCAAAAUGUCCCGCAUCACCAACGACGACCAGUUCCAGUUCCUCAUAAGCUGCAUCCGGCACUCAAACAACGGAAAGAUCGACUACACCGAAGUGGCCAAAGAAUGUUCCAUCGUUUCUCGUGGCGCGGCUGUCAAGCGAUACUCCAGACUCAUGAAGGCCCAUAGAAUCAACACCGGCGGCGACACCAACACCACUUCCACCUCCACCUCCACCCCUACCGGCAGCACGAACACCACUCCCAAGAAGACGACGAACGGCAAACGCAAAACCACAGACUCCGAGACCGAUACCGAGAGCAACGGCAAGAGCAAGGCGUCGAAGAAAGGAAAGAAGGAUAAGGCUGUUGAGAGCGCGGAGAAGGUGGUGAAGAAAGCUGGUCUUGAUACUGUUAAGGAGAAGGAGGAUGAAGAUGAAGAUGUGGAGGGGGGAGACUUUUGAGAAGGUUAAGGGCGAGAGUGAGGAUUCUGAGUAGUUGUGUACUUUGUUCUGAGAAUUGGUUUGAAGGUUAUUGUAUCCAUUAUGAUGUCCUA